GGAACGUUGUCGCGUUGGAGAAGGAGGCAAAGAUGAUCGAUUACCUUCACGAGUUCGUAAAGACACGCGUUGCAGACACUUGCAAUGCUUGCGAGUUUGUCCAGACCACCGGCGAACGAAACUGGGAUCCCAAACGUGACGUGUAUUGGAAAUUGCCGGGGAACAAAAGGACGGAGGUUUGGGACUUCCUUUUCCGACCCGGACUGCCUGGUCCGACCGACCUCGAAUACAGUCGACGGAGAAACCUGGUGUUCGGUGUGCUCAAUGGGUACCACGAUGCACCCAGGGAGUCUGUCUCGCAUUUCCUGAGAAGGCUGGAGCACAUUUACUUCACGCUGGCCGAACCGCUCACCCUGGAAAACUACAAGUCACAGUUUGACGAGGAGGACCCUUUCGACGCUGAAGACAUGGAGGAGCUGAGCGACUCCGAAACCUUCGAUUUCGAGUCCAUGCCACUUCCUCGGGUGGUUGGACAGGUUGGUGAUGAAGAGGAAGGUGGCCCUCGGAGAUAUAGCACGUCCCCUGCCGGUUUGAAGCGUGUGUUUUGGGGCGAACCAGUCGACGACCAAUCGUCUGAUGACGGGGACAAAGCGAGAGACUAUGAUCACGAACCUUGUGACAUUCUCCCUGAGGACCACGACACCUGGAAGAAUGACAGACUCUACUUCUUCGGCAAGCAUCACCAGUUCACGGCGGAGGAUGUCUGGGGACACAACGUCGUCUUGCACCCGAGGAUAUUCCAACCUGUUGUGAAGAAUGGAAUGUGGGUCAUGACAAUGAACGAGGCCGAUGGCAAGUGGAGUGCACUGAAGAGAACGGGAGCGGAUGCAUUUAAGAGAACGGCGAGACAUGCUGUGGUGGAGCAUUUGAGUCUUAUGAACCCCGAGAGGAACAAUCCGGACGUCGUUGCGUAUGCAGAACAAAAGCUAAAUGAGUUGUACGCCAACAACAUGUUGGAGUUUCGAGCGCCUUUCUACACACUUGAAACGGCACCGUCUCGUGGCAUUGACUGGCGCAUGCCGCAACCUCCAUCGGGCGGUCAGCAUCCGGGAGGGGGUGGAGGAGGAGACGAAGGAGACGGCGGGGGUGGCGGAGGAGACGGCUCAUAACUGGCGGUCUCACGACGUGCUGGAGGGGCCGCUGCAAGAAUGUUGGACACCGGGGGUGGCGAGUACGAACGUCAUACUCCUGGGGAAGAGGAGCGCUCUCAGGGAACGCGUGCUGUACAUCGGGAAGAGAAGACUCAACGCUGGCAGUCUCGCAAAGUGUUGGAGACCGGGGGUAGCGAUUGUGAACGUCAUGCUUCGGAGGGUGCGUCUGUGGACACUGACAGCGAGAGUGCAGGAGCUCCGGGGGAAACGCAUGCUCUACAGCGGGGAGAGGAGUCACGAAGGAUGCCGGCUCGGGAAAACGUGAAGGGGCUCCACGCACGAGUGCUGGUGAUCGGGACGUCCGAAGAGGUUCUGCACAGUUGGUCGGCUGUGGCCACGACGCGAGAGGGUGUCGUUAAGGGAGGUCAGUGGACGUUCGUGCAAGCUCCUGUUCUUGGCGACGAUGAAGACGAAAAAGAACCCGCGGUGGAAGCUCGGGUUCGUGGCGAUGAGAAAGGCAGAGAACCCGUGGUGGAAGGCGGUGAGGUGACUGUCGACAUUCAGAGGGAUCCACAACGGAAAGAUGGUGAUUCUUCGCCCACCCGUUGCGGUGAAGAACAGGGUGGUCAAGCGUCUAUCCUAAGCACCGCCUCGGGGAAUGGUGCUUCAUGAAGCCAUAGAAUUGGGUGACAACGCGGCUGCCACCGGCUGGUUAGCGACUAAG